AUGUUCAUGAACAUUUUCAAGACCAUGCCCACUCGGGCCAUGGCUUUCAACUCCAUGAAGAACUCUGCUCAGUCCCGCUUCAUGGCCACUGUUCGCCAGCGGCCUGCUCUGGAGCCUGCUACUUUCACCAUCCGUGACGGUCCCAUGUUUACCGGAAAGUCUUUCGGUGCGCGCUCCAACAUCUCCGGAGAGGCCGUCUUCACCACUUCCUUGGUCGGAUAUCCCGAGUCCUUGACCGAUCCUUCCUACCGUGGCCAGAUUCUCGUCUUCACCCAGCCUUUGAUUGGUAACUACGGUGCCGCCGGUGUCGUCGUUGCCGAUGUCGCCGAGCAGUACAGCCACUGGACCGCCGUCGAGAGUCUGGGCGAGUGGUGUGCCCGCGAGGGUGUCCCUGCCAUCUCCGGCGUUGACACUCGCGCCAUUGUCACCUACCUCCGUGAACAGGGUUCUUCUUUGGCCCGUAUCACCGUGGGUGAGGAGUACGAUGCCAACGAGGACGAGGCUUUCACCGACCCUGAGCAAAUCCACCUGGUGCGUCAGGUCAGCACCAAGCAGCCCUUCCAUGUCAGCGCUGCUGAUCCUCAGUGCCACGUUGCCGUCCUUGACUGUGGUGUCAAGGAAAACAUCCUGCGCAGUCUAGUGGGUCGCGGUGCUAGUGUUACUGUCUUCCCAUUCGACUUCCCUAUCCACAAGGUCGCUCACCACUUCGAUGGAGUCUUUAUCUCCAACGGCCCAGGUGACCCUACUCACUGCCAGGAUACCGUUUUUCACCUGCAGCGCCUGAUGGAGAGCUCUCAGAUCCCCAUCUUCGGUAUUUGCCUCGGUCACCAGCUUCUGGCCUUGGCUGCUGGUGCCCGCACCAUCAAGCUCAAGUACGGAAAUCGUGCUCACAACAUUCCUGCGCUGGAUCUGAGCACUGGUCGCUGCCACAUCACUAGCCAGAACCACGGUUAUGCCGUCGAUGCUGACACCUUGCCUUCUGACUGGAAGCCCUACUUCAUCAACUUGAACGACUCCAGCAACGAGGGCAUGAUCCACAAGUCCCGCCCCAUUUUCAGCACCCAGUUCCACCCCGAGGCCAAGGGCGGUCCUUUGGACUCCUCCUACCUCUUCGAUAUCUACUUGGACAGUGUGCUGAAGUAUAAGACCAGCCAGGCCGGUCUGUACCCCCAGCGUGACAGUCGCCCCAGCCCUUUGCUGGUGGACCUUCUUCCUAAGGAGCGUGUUGAUGUGCAGCCCACCGUUGGCAUGCAGAAUGUCGCUGCCGCUGCUGCUGCCGCCGUCGCCGCAUAA